AUGCGAGGGGUUGACGAUGUCCGCUCUGACGAUACUAGUGGCUAUAAAGAGGCAGUACCUGGCUUUUUGCUGCUCGAUGUCACUCUUUCUCUGGUACCUCCGAUCCCUCCCAAGUACCCUCUCAAGGUCCUGCGAGGAUGGAACCACUCUGUCACUGCGGCGCUCCUUACGUCCAUAGAACUCUCUGAGAAUGAUACGACCUAUGCGGACAUUAAGGCUGGACGCAUUCGAGUCACCGCAGACCAGUGGCCGCGUUUCGUGUAUCCAGACGGCCAUGUGUACAACCCAGAGGAUGAAGAGGCUGGUCUGUUACGAGGACAUCUCAUGUCUGCCAAGCACCUUUUCACUGGCCCAUCAUCCGCACUGCAAGGACCUGGCUGGACUAAGGGUAGGUCAAGCAAUGCGAAGAUUAUUGGCAUGAAGAAGAUCACACCGCGUGCCGUCGCAUAUGUCGCUGUUCAGGUCCGUUUUGCAAUAUCUGACGUUCAAGAUUGGACGGAUACCGACCGCGAUUUUGAUUACAAGAAAUUCUUCUGGAAUAUUGUCGAGAUCUUCAAGGACGGGGAGGGUGCUGAGAUUCUAGCAUUCUUUGAUGAGCAACUCUUUGGAACUCAGGCUGCUCAACCUCUUCCGGAGAACCUGCGGAGAGCCCCAUCUGCUACUGAUCGUCUCAAGAAUCAGUGUGCCGCCAAGCGAGCCCGAGCGGCUGAGGCCGCACUUGAACAAACGGCCACCACACAGUAG